GGGCAGGCCCUUGCGGUCCUGGGGUUCACAGUGUGGUGGGGGGCAAGAGGGGGUCGAACGGACUUCUCCUGGGAAGCAAGUGCCCACUCGAGGGAGAGGCCUAUGGGAAACUCUGGAAAAUGUGUCAAUUAAGAAGUUAAAGGAGUAACCUGAGGUAGGAGAAUGGAGGGACGUGGUUGGUCUGGCCUUUGACCUGAGCCCAGGGGCAGAAGGUCCCGGGAGCAGGUACGACCCCUCCUGCCGGGCACACACAGGGGACGGAGGUGUGCGGAUGCCCGGCCCCCAGCCGCCGGGCGCAGGCCCCCCUCGCCCUGGCCGACACCUACAUUUGCAUCGCAGACCGCGCGCCGCCGACACACCUCCGAGCUUCCGGAGCGCGCCCGGCGACCGGGCUCAGCGGCAGGUGCCUCGCCGCGCAGACUCCCGGACGCGGGGGCCCGUGCGGGCAGGGGCCGGGGCGGGGCGGUGGCGCACGUUCCCCGCCGGCCACACGGCCGCCCUGCGCCCGGCGAGGGGCGUGUGCGCGGGCCCCAUGUUCACGGAGCUGAGCACCCAGCUGAGCCCCCCGCGAGGCCGCGCCGGGGCUGUGCGCGCGGGAUUCGGAGAGCGCCGGGAUGUGGACGCCACUGCCCACUUCAGCUUCUGCCGGACCCUCCUGGAGCACACAAUGUCAGCUGAGAGCAUCCCCUGCCACUUGCCUAGGACUCCAGGCACCAGCCUCACGUGGCAUGACUCACGAAGCCAGAGGGCAGCUGGUGGCCGGCCAGUCAAGCUCCUGCAGCAGCCUGGCACAGAGGCCCCCCAGGGCCGGCUGUACUCUGACCACUGUGGCCUGUACCACACGAGCCCCUCACUGGGUGGCCUGACGAGGCCUGUGGUCCUGUGGAGUCAGCAGGACGUCUGCAAGUGGCUCAAGAAGCACUGUCCCCACAACUACCUCGUCUACGUGGAGGCCUUCUCCCAGCACGCCAUCACUGGCCGGGCACUGCUUCGGUUGAAUGCAGAGAAGCUGCAGCGGAUGGGACUGGCACAGGAGGCCCAAAGGCAGGAGGUGCUGCAGCAGGUGCUGCGCCUACAGGUGCGCGAGGAGGGGCGGAGCCUGCAGCUGCUCAGCCAAGCAAUGACUGAUCCUUUCUGUGUUGGAGGCGGCCGCCGACUCCUGGGGUCCAGCAAGAGUGGGCCUGGGAAGGAUGGCAGCCAGAGUGAGGUCCGGCUUCCUGUGCGGCACGACCCAAAGCUGGGGUUGCCGGUGGCCCGGGGUGGGCAGACAAUGCCUAGCCAGGCCCCACUCUGCUUUGACCCGGGAAGUCCAGCCAGCGACAGGACAGAAGGGAAGAAAAAGGGGCGUCCGAAAGCUGAGAACCAGGCCCUCCGAGACAUUCCCCUCUCUCUGAUGACCCAGUGGAAAGACGAAUUCAAGGUGCACUCACGGGUGAAGUGUCCCAGCUCAGGGUGCUGGCUGGAGUUCCCCAGCAUCUACGGGCUCAAGUACCAUUACCAGCGGUGCCAAGGGGGUGCCAUCUCAGAAAGGCUGACCUUUCCCUGCCCCUUCUGUGAGGCCGCCUUCACCUCCAAGACCCAGCUGGAGAAGCACCGGAUUUGGAACCACAUGGAUCGACCCCUGUCUGCCCCCAAGCCUGGGCCAGUCAGCCGGCCAGUCACCAUUAGUCGGCCUGUUGGGGUCAGCAAGCCCAUUGGAGUGAGCAAACCUGUCACUAUUGGCAAGCCUGUGGGUGUCAGCAAACCCAUCGGUAUCAGCAAGCCAGUGACGGUCAGCAGGCCUGUGCCGGUCACCAAGCCAGUGACGGUCAGCAGGCCUGUGCCGGUCACCAAGCCAGUGACAAUCAGCAGGCCUGUGCCGGUCACCAAGCCAGUGACAAUCAGCAGGCCUGUGACGGUCAGCAGGCCUGUGCCAGUCACCAAGCCAGUGACGGUCAGCAGGCCUGUGCCGGUCACCAAGCCAGUGACGGUCAGCAGGUCCGUGCCGAUCACCAAGGCUAUGCCGGUCACUAGGCCUGUGCCCGUCACCAAGCCCAUACCAGUCACCAAGUCUGUGCCCGUCACCAAGGCAGUGACCACAAACAAGCCGGUGCCGAUGACAAAACUUGUGACAGUUACGAAACCUGUGCCAGUCACCAAGGCCGUGCCGGUCAGCAGGCCCGUGGUGGUCAGUAAGCUGGUGGCCGUCAGCAGGCCCGUGGCGCUCGGCAGACACACGCCGUCCUGCAAGAUGGUGCUGCUGGCCAAGUCUGAGAGCAAAACUCCUCGGGCCACGGGGAGGGCCGGUGGGAAAAAAAGGGCUGCGGACAGCCGGGACGCCUGCCCCCUCCCACCCAAGCAGGCGCGGUCAGAGAGCGGGGAGUGUGGCCCACCCACCACGGGCCAGGGCUCCGCCCUCCAGCCCAGCACAGACCCCAGCAGUGGCCCCCUUUCUCUAGGCAGCAGGCCCUUGGGGGGCAAGGAGGUGCCAAGGGCCACAGGCCCUGUGUCCCUGCCUGAAGAGGGAGCUGAGCGCAUGAAGCACAGAAGGAAACAGAAAACACCCAAGAAAUUCACGGGGGAGCAGCCAUCCAUCUCAGGAACCUUCGGACUCAAAGGCCUGGCCAAGGCAGAAGACAAGUCCCGAGGCUACCGUGCCAAGAAGCAGGAGGGGCCUGGCCCCGAGGAUGUCCGAAAGAAGGUGCCGGCCCCCGCCAACACUGUCAGCAAGGAGGUGCCGGCCCCCGUGGCCCACUCAACCCCAGGUGGCCCUGAGGAACAGUGGCAGCGGGCCAUUCACGAACGGGGGGAGGCUGUCUGCCCCACGUGCAGCGUGGUCACCCGAAAGACCCUCGUGGGGCUCAAGAAGCACAUGGAGGUGUGUCAGAAGCUGCAGGAUGCCCUCAAGUGCCAGCACUGCCGGAAGCAGUUCAAGUCCAAGGCCGGUCUCAACUACCACACCAUGGCUGAGCACAGCGCCAAGCCCUCUGACACGGAGGCCUCCGAGGGGAGUGAGCAGGAGGAGCGCGAACGACUGCGCAAAGUGCUGAAGCAGAUGGGGAGGCUGCGUUGCCCCCAGGAGGGCUGUGGGGCCGCCUUUUCCAGCCUCAUGGGCUACCAGUACCACCAGCAACGCUGUGGGAAGCCGCCCUUCGAGGUAGACAGUCCCUCCUUCCCCUGUACCCACUGCGGCAAGACCUACCGCUCCAAGGCUGGUCAUGACUAUCACAUGCGCUCGGAGCACACAGCCCCGCCCCCCGAGGAGCCCCAGGACAAGCCCUCUGAGGCCGAGGACCUGUUGGGUAUCGAGCGGACCCCCAGCGGCCGCAUCCGCCGCACGUCGGCCCAGGUUGCCGUGUUCCACCUGCAGGAGAUUGCAGAGGACGAACUGGCCCGAGAUUGGACCAAGAGGCGGAUGAAAGAUGACCUGGUGCCUGAGACGGCUCGGCUCAACUACACUCGGCCAGGCCUCCCCACACUCAACCCCCAGCUGCUGGAGACCUGGAAGAACGAAGUCAAGGAGAAAGGCCACGUCAACUGUCCCAAUGACUGCUGUGAAGCCAUCUACUCCAGUGUGUCCGGCCUCAAGGCCCACCUCGCCAGCUGCAGCAAGGGAGACCACCUGGUGGGAAAGUACCGCUGUCUGCUGUGUCCGAAGGAGUUCAGCUCUGAGAGUGGCGUCAAGUACCACAUCCUCAAGGCCCACGCAGAGAACUGGUUCCGCACUUCGGCAGACUCGCCUCCCAGACACAGGAGCCAGGGGUCACUGGUACCUAAGAAGGAGAAGAGUCCGGCAGGCGGGAAGAAGCGGGGCCGCAGGCCCAAGGAGCGGCUGUCUGAGGAGCCUGCACCCAAGAUGGCCCCCCGCCAGGAGGACUGGCCCCCAGGAGGCAGAGACAAGGGGGCCCAGGACUCCACUGGCCGGAAGUGUUUAUUUGCAAGAUGUUUGGACGGCGGCGAGCUCGGGCCCUGCUCACCUCGUGACCGUCUGUCCCGGUCCUCGUCCCCGCCCCCAGGCCCUGAGUGGCACGGGCGGGCCAUCAACUGUAUGUAUUAAAAAUGACUGUAUCAAAUAAAUGUCUAUUGAUGGUUUUCCA